CUGGAGACUCCUGAAAUGGAGAGAUCCCAGGCAGCGGAAGAUCAGGGGCUGCCCCUGCUGCAUAUAUAAGGAGGAGGCAAGGCAGGAGCAUGGACACAAGAGCAGCUCCUCCACACAGCAGCACCAGGCACCUGCACAGCAGCAGUGGUACUAGAAGUAGCAGCAAUCCCAGCCUGGCUUCAUAUGCAGCUCAGGAUCAUGGAUCUCUCCUGCCAGGACCCCAUCUACCCCAAAUACCCGGAGGACUGUGACCUGAAGGAGGAAGAGGAGCAGAGCCUGGGGUCAGCAGGGGAGCAGCAGCCAGCAGAACAGAGCAACCCAGAGCCCCCCCAAUACACAGGAGGUGCCUAUGGGAGUCCUUCCAAUGAGGACGCCUCUGACUACCUCUUCCUGAGCAGCCAGCCCUCCCCACCUCUCCCCCUCAACUACUCCGGGAGCUUCUUCAUAGAGUCUGCCCCAGAGAACAGCCAUGUCCCAGAAGCCUUGUUUAACAUCAUGUCUGGGAUCCUUGGACUGUCUCCUUUCUCUGCCCCUGCUCGUGUGAGCCGGCAGGAGUCGUUCUACUCGGUCCCCGAGGCCAUCCAGAACCACAUGGACCUUUAUUCUGGUUGCCAGCCCAACCUGAACAUCUCGGUGCAGCAGGGCUUCUCUGGCCACCUGUACUCUGCCUUCAGCAGCACCGAGGACAUUCACCAGGUACCCAGUUCACCCAACCUGGGCACCUCCUGCUCCACCCAGUGCUUCUUUGACUCUAAAAUGGUCCCCAACAAGCACGACAUGGACUUGUCCCCCACAUUGGACUCCUUUAGUGCCCAGUGGGACACGCAGGCACCACAGAACUUUGGCCAGGCUUCCUACCCUACAGAUGGAUUUCUACCCCCUGACAAUUCUCUUGCUGUGUUUCAUCCCUUGGAAUCUAAAGUGGAGAACCUGAUGUCCUCCUGCUGCCAGUCCCAAGUGGGCGACCUGCCUGGCGAGGAGUCUGCUCUGUACAACAUGGACUUCACUCCUCAGUCUGACACUUACUCCUCAUCCCAGCCCGACUCCUAUGACUUCACUGAGACCCAGAUUGACUUAAAGCCUCAGCUGCUGCCAGAUGCCAAGUACCAGCUGGGCCACCAAGCCUCCGUGCCAGGGCUGCUGAGCCGAGAGGAAGCUUUCUCACAGCAGUCUCCUCCAGUCAUCUCCACUGACUUUCUGGGCCUCUCUCCUACAGCUGAUAGCGUCCUCCCUGCCAAUUCCGGGGACCCACUGACCGAACCCAGAAAGAAAUAUCGCAGGAACAAGUUCCCGGCCAAGUGUUUUCGGCCCAAGCCCCAUGAGAAGGCCUUCGCCUGCCCGGUGGAGAACUGCAUCAGGAGCUUCGCCAGGUCAGAUGAGCUCAACAGGCACCUGAGGAUCCACACUGGGCACAAGCCCUUCCAGUGCAGGAUCUGCCUGAGGAACUUCAGCCGCAGCGACCACCUCACCACCCACAUUAGGACCCACACUGGGGAGAAGCCCUUCUCAUGUGACCUCUGCGGCAGGAGAUUCGCCAGGAGCGACGAGAAGAAGCGACAUGGCAAGGUGCACCUGAAACAGAAGACCAGGACUGAGGAGAAACUGAAGGGACUUGGCUUUUACUCCAUGGGACUGUCCUUCAGCACCCUGUGAAGAUCCUAGACCAGUCCUGGGUUUUCUUUACUCUUCCUUGGAGAUGCGACUUUUCUCCUCCAGGUUGUCGGUUCUGGCCUCCACUACUCCUUUGGGAGGAUGUAGUGUGGCUUUUGGGCUCAGCUGUUCCCUGCAUGGCUCCGUCCUCUGUCCUCAUUGUGAUGUAUACAGGACUGGUGAUGUAUACCCGGACCAUGCUUCAGCACCUGGACAGCUCCCACUAUGGGAGUGCUGAAGGGACCUUCUCUGCAGACCGGUGCAAUGCCCUGCAGAGCUGUGUAUAUAUAUAGACACUGCAUUGUAGUAGACAUGGACUGUUCUGGGCACUUAGUGUGAGUGUGAGUGGAUGAUGCUGGAGUAGUCCACGGACAAUGAUGGGAGUGUGAUCUCACUGCUGCUAGGAGUGGACUCCGCAUCCCUUGUACAGAUGGUUGGAUCCUAUUUUUAGAGCUCCUGAGAACUGUUAUUAUACCGCCUGUAUCUCUUUGUAUAGACGCUGAUGCUGGAGUUUUAUGUCAGCCGCUCGUUACUUGUAUUUAUCAUUUUUCUAUUAAAGAAAAGAAAAAUUCACAUAAAAGGGAAAAUUUCAGAUGUUUAUUUUUUCAAAGAAAUAAAGCUGGUUGUGAUUCA